AUGUUGACAUAUCUCAACUUCUCCAUUGUCGGGCUGCUGGCAUUAACUGCAACUGCAGAGAAAGCUUGCAAGCUUUCCCCCAACGAUGUAUCCUGGCCAUCACUAGAUGAAUGGCAGUCUCUCAAUCAGUCCAUCCAAGGGACCCUCAUCAAGACAUCCCCGGCCGGCUCAUCAUGUUACCCUGGCAAUCCGUUUGGAUCCACCGAAAACUGCACCGCGGUGAAGGAUCAUUGGUCAUCUGCUGCAUACCAUGCUGCCUGGCCUGAAAGUAUCGACUACUCCAUAUAUGCGAACAACUCUUGCCUACCACCCGGCGUUGAUGGAUACACGAAAGGAAAGGAGUGCAGUAUUGGAGGCUUGCCCCAGUACAUUGUGAAUGCCUCGACCGAACACCAAGUCGCGACUGCGAUGAAAUGGGCAUCACAGAGAAAUAUUCGAAUUGUUGUUAAAGGAACGGGUCACGAUCUUGGCGGAAGAUCGACUGGUGCCUUCGCCCUCUCUAUCUGGACCCACAACUUCAAGCGCAUUCAAAGACAUCCUCAAUGGAGACUGCCUGGAACAAACCAUACGGCAGACGUGAUCGUUGCCGGCAGCGGAAACAACUGGGGAGGAGUUUAUAAUGCAGUGCACAAGAUGAACCGAACGGUGGUCGGUGGGGAGGAUGCUACAGUUGGCCUAGGUGGACUUAUCCAAAAUGGUGGACAUGGCCUGCUCUCGAGUCACCAUGGGCUUGCAUCAGACCAGGUCUACCAAGUCACUGUUGUGACCACUGAGGGUCAUCGCCUUGUCGCCAAUGAUGCACAGAACCAAGACCUAUUCUGGGCUGUCCGGGGCGCAGGUGGCGGUCAGUACGGAGUAGUCACGGAGUUUGUCUUGAAGACACACCCCGUCCCUAGGAAUGUGGUGACUGGUGGCAUCUCUUUCUACCCAAGCCAGAACUCAAAUGCGAGCGAGAUUGCUUCUUGGAACGCAUUUGCUGAAGUGAUGGCUCAAAUCCCAGACUUGAUGGACACCGGAAUCACUGGAACAGUCACAGCGUUGAACAAGCAAAAGGCAGUCUCGUAUAUGGGACUGGAGCAGGAGAUGCCCGGUGUAUCUGGCAUAAUCAGCUUCACUGGCUUCAACAUGACUAUUGAGUCAAUGAACGCCUCCAUCAGCAAGCUGGCAGCCCGCUUCGACCUUGCCAAUGUGAAUGUCACUAUGCAAGCAUCCUCAGCCAAAAGCUACUGGGCCUCUACCAAACCGGACCCUUCAGUCAGCAAUGCUGCUGGAUCCGUCAGUCUUAUGACAAGUCAACUUUUGGGUAAAAAUGAGCUUUCAGAUAUCCCCAAGAGCAAGCUUGUCGGCCAUCUGAAAGCAAUCAUGGUCUCGCAAAACACCACAGCGGGAACCAUGCUUAUUUUCGGGCUACAGGCCGGAAAGGGACCUGCCAGCGUCCCCAAACUCAGACAUGGCAGUACCCUGCCGGCCUGGCGCCAAGCAUAUGUUCAUGCCAUGGCAUACAGUGCCUCAAUCAAUUCCUCUGGUGACCCUAGUCACGAGUUGAAGGCUGGAUCUGACUGGAUCAAUGAAGCUCAGGAGCCUGUUUGGAAAAAUUGGGCACCUCGGUCUGGUUCCUACAUGAACGAGGGUAACCCCUUCAACAUCAACUGGAAGCAUGACUUCUAUGGGGAGAACUAUGAGCGACUCUUCGAUAUAAAGCGCAAGUAUGACCCCAGCGGAAGCCUUUUUGUCUGGAGUGGAGUUGGAAGCGACGAGUGGGAUUAUAACUUGAACAGCGGGUUAUUGUGUCAUGUAUGA